AAUUCCCACCCAAAGCAAAGGAAGAAAAAAAGGAAAGGAGUUAACCCCAAUAGCAAUUUUCUCCCACUACUAGCUUGCUACAGAUAUGGCUGAGGAGUGCACUGCUAGCUCUGCUAUAACCUCUUCUCCUGCACCUCACACCUGGUGGGAUAUUCUCCACCCUGCAAACUCUCUUUCCUCAUGGACUAGUAGCACUACUAACAGUCCUACUACUACUUCUACCUCUUGGCACCAGCAUCAUCAAAACCCUACUUCCAACUCUUCUAAUAAUUGUGAUCAGGAUGAUGUUUCAAUCUCUACUUCCUUGACUAAUGCUUCCAACCAUUCAGGGCUAACAGUUGAGUCGUCCGGCCGCCAGCUUGUUGAUCAACCUGUUCCUUCGUCGACCAAUGACUUUAUUGGAGAACAUGCUUCGGAUAAUCAUCUUUGGAGCCAGGUUUUAUCAAGUGUUGGAAGCAACUUGCGCAACAGUCAAGAUGUUGGAGAGAACUUGUUUGAGGCAAUAUCGUCAAAGAGCAGCUCAGCUGGAAUCUUUGAACCUGCAUGUGACUACUUGAAGAAAAUAGAUAACAACUGGGAAUUCCCAAAUCCCUCAUCAGUUUUCAACAAUUUUGUCAAAAAUUUAAAUGGAUACACGACUGAUGAUAACCAGAGCUCAAUUGAAAGCGAAAGGUUAACCAAGUUGUCCAACUUGGUCAGCAACUGGUCCAUUGCGCCACCAGACCCUGAAGUCACUCGCCAGUUCAAUCCAAAAUCUUGUGAUCAGAUCCCUUUGACUUCUUCAGUGGAAAACUACACACAGCCUGCGUUUGGUGGAAUGGCAACAAUCAAAAACCCAGUUUUCUUAUCAUGUUAUGGUCAUCAUCAUGAUGUAAAAAUGGAGGCCGAAGGUCUUGAUGUGGAAGCUCCAACUUCCCAUUUUCGAAGGGCUUUCAAGGGUAAUAAUAGCAAUGGAUAUCAUCAUAAUAGUCUUAUCAACAAUUCAUCGAUGGAAGCUGACAACUUCUAUGGAUCAUCAAUGUCUCAUUCUCCAUUCACAAGUACCAUGACUUAUAGCCGAUUAAGCAAGCCUUUGAUUGACAUUCAUGCAUCAAAGCCCUGUUUUAGGCCCUUGAAUAAUUUAUCAGAUUGCAAGAAACAAGGGAUCCAAGCUGCAACUAAUUCUCUGCAGACAAGAACCAGAAAUGGAAGAACACAAGGGAUUACAAAUGAGGCAAAGAAGAAAAGAGGUGAAGAAAUCUCGUAUGACACGGUGUUGAAAAAGCCUAAGCAUGAAACUUCCACAGCUUCAUCUGUAAAGAUGCACGCCCCAAAAGUCAAGCUUGGAGACAGGAUCACAGCACUUCAACAAAUUGUGUCGCCAUUUGGAAAGACUGAUACGGCCUCUGUGCUACUCGAAGCAAUUGGAUACAUAAAUUUUUUACAAGAGCAAGUGCAGUUAUUGAGUAAUCCUUACAUGAAGCCCAAUUCUCAUAAGGAUCCAUGGGGAAGCUUGGAUAGGAAAGAUCAGAAAGGAGAUUUGAAGGUUGAUCUAAGGAGCAGAGGUCUAUGUUUAGUUCCAAUAUCUUGUACCCCACAAGUUUACCAUGAAAACGCUGGUUCAGAUUACUGGACCCCAACAUAUAGAGGAUGUUUGUAUAGUUAAGUGUUUCCCUUUGCUUACCAUUUUGAUUAUAGGAGAAAAAUUAAAUAUGGUAGGUACUUUCAAACGCAAGCAUUGGAAGAUGAACAUCAUCCACAGAUCCAGCCCCCCUUGGACAAGCAAUUCAUGCAAUGUAAAAACUCUUAAUAAGGGGCAACUGCGAAUAUU